GCAGCUCAGUGCCAAGCCUGGCAUGGCCCAGUCAAAGCCAACUGUGUUCCCGAACGGUCGUCGGGUGUGCGAUAUUCCGUAGGUCGUGUAGGUCAUGUGCGUGUGAACAGUGUUCUGGGUUUGGACAAGCUACACAGCCGUCAUUCAGGAGUAAUGUCAUCAGAUCCGUGGAUUUUACCAAGGGUGGGAGCAGCUUUGCGUGCGGCAUACUUCGAGGCGGUGAUAUAAUACUCUGGUUGUUUAGCUAAAUUGCUCUACUAUUUCGAGUGCACUGCCUGUGUUAAACCAUUUGAAUGGGUGAGAAAAGCUGGAAAUUUGCCCAAAAUUGACGUACAAGGAUAUAAGACGGAAAAUUCCCGCAAUUCGGAAGGAUGCGGAAGCAGUAAGGCGAAAAGUGUUUGUGUGUGUCUGUCUAUGUUGUGUCAGUGUGCUGCGGGAGGUGGGAAGUGAAAAUUGAAAUCGAUACCUUUCGCAGAAUUCCGGAGUUGUAAGACUGCACCCGCUAGGAUCAAACUGCUGACGUUUACGUGCAGGGUUUUGUUUUCUCCUUUCAUGUGGAUACUGGAAAACCUCCGCCCUUGUGCAGGUUCUAGCAAUGGAUAGCAAUCAAUCACCCGCAAGGAAUACACACGGAACAAAAACUUGAAAGAUCACAAACGUAUUAAAACCGCAGGAGGCUGCGGAAGCAUUCAUCUCCCCCAAAACAUUUUCCAGCAAACCAAAUAGAAGUGAACUCGCGAGAUGUGGACAACCGCCCAAUGAUUUGAUAAGCAUGAGAACCGACGCGAUGAGGACUUUCGUCAGCUGGACGGUUUCGUAGCAAAUUGGCGAGAUGUGGACUUCCUUCUGGUAGCUUACUUGGAUCAUUUGUGAAUAUAAAAAUGUCUAAUUGUGUGGAUAUUAAUCUUGAUGUCUAGGAGAACCACAAACAUCAAUACAAUCAACCCCGGGAAACCAGUAUAAUGAAGUUGCCGUGCACCUGUUCCACUGAAACCGGAAGUGAAGCCGAUGGCGCCAUCGAGUGCAUCGAGUGACCGAUGAUACUUCCCCCGAUCGAUUCCGGAAACAAACAGGGAAGCAGAAAUUCAAAAUAAAUAAGCAAAUUAAAGCAAGAGCGUACAACUCAUCACGUAGUACGUUGGCACGGUAUCGAAUAGAGUCGGGCAAAUUUCAGACGAUGAAGCUGACGAAAGCGGACCGCAAACCACAGGACCGACUCCUAGGGCAGGUCCUGUAUCCGGUGAUUCUGCUGAGCUUGUACGUGGACUACGUGGGCCAUCACGUGGAAGCUAGCGCGGCAAGUUCUCCCCAGGGACACUCGAGUGCCGUCAGCUUCAAUCUGCGACCGGUGCUGGCUUCGGGCCCAGGAGGUGAAUCAGCGGGUGGCGCCAAGCGGGACACGCUGUUGCAUUCUGGAGGAUUCACCUCGGCCCCGGCCAGUUUGGACGGAUCAGUGGCCGCUCCACUGACCUUCCCCCAGGAUCCCAGGACAGCAUCCUCAUCCGGGGACAACAAACCGUACUUCGAUGACAUCAGUCCCCGGAACGUGACAACCGUGGUGGACGACAUGGCCGUGCUCAAGUGCCGCGUCAAACACAAGGGCAACCGAACGGUUUCCUGGAUGAGGAAGCGGGAUCUGCACAUUCUGACUUCCGGGACCCACACCUAUACCGGGGAUCAGCGCUUCUCGGUGCACCAUAUGCCCGAUACCGAGGAUUGGGAUCUGAGAAUUGCAUACGCUCAACCGCGGGACAGUGGCAUCUACGAGUGUCAGGUCAACACCGAACCGAAGAUCAAUCUGGCCGUGAAUUUGCAUGUGACGGCCGCCCGGGCAAAAAUCCUUGGAUCCCAGGAGGCUCACGUUCGCAAAGGCAGCACCAUUUCGCUGUCAUGCGUGGUGAAUUUCCACGCCCCAUCAAUCACAUGGUACCACGGAACAGCGAUUGUAAACUUUGAUUCGGCCCGCGGUGGCAUCAGUCUGGAAACGGAGAAAACCGAAGCCGGAACCAGCAGUCGACUGUUGCUGACCAAGGCAACGGUGGCCGAUUCCGGGAACUACACCUGCGUUCCAUCCGGGGCCAUUCCAGCCAGCGUCCAGGUCUACGUGCUGCAUGGUGAACAUCCGGCGGCAAUGCAAACUAGUGGAAAAGCAGUUGCGGAUCCAAGCUCGGUGCUGCUGCUCAUUACUCUCGGCCUGACGGCACUGCUGACGAAAUUGAUCUCCAAGAUCAAUGACGAUCAAUCAACGAUCCGAACAACGAGCGAUCCGACGACAAUGACAAUUCACGAAACGGUUAGUGAGCAGCAACGACGAUUGACGAUAAGAGAAAUAGAAUCAUACUGCAGGUGAUCUUGUACAUAAUCAAUCUGGAGUAGCAGGAUGCAAAAUAUAAGAAGAAUAUAUUAAAGCAAAAGUGAAAAAAAAACAGAAUACAGAAUAAUAAUAAGAGUAAACGCGAAAUAUGCGGUAGAUGAUUGAUUGUAAAUUUUAAGAUGAAUAAAUUAAUGUUUUAAAAACUC